UAAAGUCUUCUUSUUGUUCUUCAGCUGGGCCUGUACCGCGUGGCGCAGCACRACGAGGAGGAUGAGGUGAGGAAGAAGGUGAUUGAAAACACAUCGUCAGAGUGGAGAUCUAAGAAGUUCUGCUGUUUCCCUCUCUGGUCCCUGGUCCUGGCCUUGCUGCUGGCUGCUCUCMUAGUCCUCGUCUUCCUGGUGAAGUAUGGCUUCCAGGGGGUUCCAGAAGCACCAGAGCUGGACGGACUGGGAUCAGGAAAUGGAACAGGAGAAGGUCAGAGUGAAGGCCAAAGUGGGGCCGGGGUGUUGGAGGGCCUGGCGUUCGCUGUCAUGGGGGUCCCUGCAGCAGCAGCUUUACGAUUCAUCUUCCAGAUGGGAAAGAACCUGAUCUUCAACCAGGACCUGAAGGUCCGGAAGGCGCUGGACAACGAGAGGGUCAGCGGCCAACUGGGGUUCAUGAACGAGGUGAGGAAGGAGAUGUGGCUGUUGUCCAGGUUCAUCCAGUUCAUGGAGGUGUUUGAGCAGAGGAGGAUCCGCGUGGUUCUGGAGAUCACUAACCUGGAUCGAUGUGCUCCUAAGAAGAUCGUUGGUGUCCUGGGUGCUACAGUAUACUGCUCUCUGAUGAGGGUCCCCUUUAUCUCUCUGCUGGCAGUCAUCCUGAGGUCCUGGUUCAACAGGUGAACUAUGCAGACGGGUGCUUCAGUCAAGAAGACAGAGCCUACGCCUUCUUGAACCGCAUCGUGACCCUGGCCUUCACCAUACCGCCGCUGUGCCACGCCUCCAAGCACAAGGUGUUCUACAAUAUCGUUAGCGGCCAAUCAGAGAUCACGGAAGAAGUCAAGGGUCAUGGGUCAAAGGGGAUCGAGGCUUAG